CAUGCUUUUCCCCUGGUCCAGGAGUGACAUGAUCCUCUGCGUUCAGGGACCUCACCCUUUGCUGGCGGACGAGAAGGUCAGGAGACUGUCGCUCAGGGGCCUCGCCGUGGACUUAUCGGAGCAGAUCAUGCAGCCUCUCCCGGUACCUGCCUUCCAGGAAGAGCCUGCGCCCGCCUUCGCAGCGCCCGCCGCGGACGGCAGCCCGCCUCCGGCGCGGGACCCCGAGGAGGAUCUCCUCUGCAUCGCAAAAACCUUCUCCUAUCUGCGGGAAUCGGGUUGGUACUGGGGAUCUAUCACUGCCAGCGAAGCCAAGCAGCAUCUCCAAAAGAUGCCCGAGGGCACCUUUCUGGUGCGGGACAGCACCCACCCUAGCUACCUGUUCACACUCUCCGUCAAGACAAAUCGGGGUCCCACCAACGUGCGCAUCGAAUACACUGACAGCAAGUUCCGGCUGGACUCAAACUACUUGUCCAAACCUCGCAUCCUGGCUUUCCCGGACGUGGUCAGUCUCAUCCAGCACUACGUGAUGUCUUGCACGAUGGAAAGCAAGAACGAGGCUCCCUACCCGCCUCCGUCUCCUCUACCUCCCCUGCAGAAAGAGCUGGCGGCAGCUGCGGUGCACUUGAAGCUCCUGCGCCCGCUCGGUCGCAGGGACAACAUCCCCAGCCUGCAGCACCUCUGCCGGCUACGGAUUAACAAGGCGACGGCCGACGUGGACCAGCUCCCUCUGCCCAGGCGGAUGGGGGACUAUUUGAAGCAAUACCCCUUCCAGCUCUGAGGC